CAACUGACAUAACGCAGAACAUCACUGGAACUUCCACACAUCGACACUCGAAGAUGGCGAACUCAGGCAGCGAUAACAUCAAUUUAUCUUUCGGCGGGACCGGAUCAUUGGGAGUAUAUCAGAUCGGCGUAGCGAUGGCUUUUCACCGACAUGGACAGAAAGCGCUUGAAAAGACGGGAAACUUCGCCGGGGCGUCUGCUGGUGCCAUCGUCAGCGCUUUGUUGUUGACGGCGCCCAAUAAAAUACAGCCAUUUUUAGCUGGAACACGUAAACUGGUGGAUGAUAUCUACAAAAGCAAAGGCAUGACUCCGGCGUACGACUUCACCAGUAGAAUUAAAAGACUUUUAAAAAUACAACUACCCAAAGAUGCUUACACCAAAAUUGGAGACAAAAAAUUGCACAUAAAAGUGAUAACUUUCGAACGGAAAAGGGAUCCCUUGUUUGACGUCAACGACCCGGCCGAGUGGCGGAAGAUGGGCAAGAAAGCAUGGAAAACGUUCGUCGAUAUCCACGAGUUUUCAGAGGAAGUCAUUUCAGAUUUCGGAUCAAAUGACGAACUCGUUGAGGUAUUAAUUGGCAGCGUCCAUAUUCCGAUCCAUGGUGGCGUAAAGCAUCCAGUAUACAGAGGAAAGAAAUUAAUGGAUCCAGGACUUCGUAUUCACCUACCGGACUGUAGCAUAGACGUGUCGCCCGAGAUCAUACACGUGGAGACCUCCAACUUUGCUUCUGGCAAGACCAUCACUGUGUCAUCACUUCAUUCGGACGAAGUGUCCAUUUCUCCUUCCAAGAAUAAAGGGGAAGACCCUAAGAUUGGAGACACUCACGGCCAGCCGAUCGACUUGACGAAAUGGAACUAUCUGUACGCACAAGAUGCGUACCAUCCCGCCCCUUGGGAUAAUUUGAAAGAGUACUACGUCCGGGGUUACGAAGACUGUAAAAUGUAUCUGAUGCAGGAAGAACUAUUCAGUAAAUAAAUGCGCUGUCCGGUUAAAGUAGUUCCAGCUCGCUCGCAUUAACUUGAAGGAAGGACAUGGCUAACGCACUUCUGAAAAAAGGAAUUUCCCUGAAAUAUGGCUAUUCCUUAUAAUUGGCUAUUUGAAACUCUUAAGAAAAAAACUUAGGGUACCUGUAAUUUAUUGUUUUAACUACGUUAAAACAUGGAAAUCAUGAUCAUCGUUGUCAUGGAAACACGUUCAGGUACCCCUUUUUAUAUUAGUUCCUUCAUUUGAAGGACCCUUUCCAUAAUAUCAAGAAAUUGUAGUGCUUUUUAAUGUUCCGUGAUGUUAAUAUUAGUUAGUUGCGCUCAGUUUAUUAUCAUGGUAUGAGUCAAUUAGUACAGCGGCUUAGAGCCAUAACAACGCAAUGAAAACUUAUUGUAUUAUACAUUCCGUACCUUACACUGAAUUUCUCAGAUGAAAUGACAUCACAACGAGUGUCAUACAAUAACCGCUGCGGAUCAUCAUUAACUGUUAUCCGGGUAUCAACCUGGACCCAUGCUAUUGGAUGUGUGACGUUUUUAAUCACAACAAAUAUAGUUACACAGCAUAUUACUCUCUAACUUUUCUUUAUGUUAAUGAAAUUCAGAUAUGUAUAUAUUUGUUUUCGACUGUACUAUGAUUGUAAUACACGGUACUGAAUGAAGGGAAGUAAUUAGGGCGGUGGUCGUCGCGUCGCGUCGUGUUCGAUUUGGAGUCCAUAGCGAUGUAUAUAAAAUACGUUGUUUAUUUGCACGAAAUUCGACCGAAGAGUAAAAACGAAAUCAGAUAAUUUUUAUAUAUUAUAUAUUCAAAAUUGAUUAUCAUGCAUUUUAAAUAUAAUGUUGUUAGAUCAAAUAUAUAUACCAUAUAAGCUUCACAA